CACACCAAGGGACCAGCAGGGCCCGACGGACGGCUCCUCCGCCCCAUGCCACCCGGAGGACGCCCUGCGCCCGCCCUCCCGGCGGGACGGACGGCACGUCACUGAGAGUCCUAUGUGCAUCACACUGCCGAGGGGGACGGCGCGCAGGCGUUUCUAUGCGGAAGCUGCUUCCAGCCCCGUUCUCUGACUGAGCGACCCGGAUUCCCGGCAUCCACCAUGGCCGCGCUCCUCCUGGGAGCGGUGCUGCUCGCCGUCCAGCCCCAGAUAGCGCCCGCCCGGCUCACUGGGAACCCCAGGCCCGACGACGGCCCCUCCGCUUCCAUCCAGAAGGAGCUUCUGAGGAAGACGUCCCCCCGGGACGACGCCCGCCCCAACGGCUCGAGCCAGCAACUGCCUCAGACCAUCAUCAUCGGAGUGAGGAAAGGCGGCACCAGGGCCUUGCUGGAGAUGCUCAGCCUUCACCCCGCCAUCGCCGCCGCCGAAAGCGAGGUCCAUUUCUUUGACUGGGAAGAUCACUACGGCAACGGGCUCCAGUGGUACGCGAGACAGAUGCCAUUCUCCUCCCCCCACCAGCUCACCGUCGAGAAGACCCCGGCCUACUUCACUUCCUCCAAAGUGCCUGCCAGGGUUUAUAACAUGAACAGGUCCAUCCGGCUUCUCCUGAUCUUGCGGGACCCCAGCGAGCGCGUGCUCUCCGAUUACACCCAGGUGUUUUACAAUCACAUGCAGAAGCGCAAGCCGUACCCGGCCGUCGAAGAGUUCCUGAUCAAGGACGGCCAGCUGAACGUGGAAUACAAGGCCAUCAACCGGAGCCUGUACUACUUCCACAUGCAAAACUGGUUGCGCUAUUUUCCCCUCGAGCACAUUCACAUCGUCGACGGAGAUCGGUUGAUCCGCGAUCCUUUCCCCGAGAUAGAAAAGGUGGAGAGGUUCUUGAAAUUGUCACCUCAAAUCAAUGCUUCGAAUUUCUACUUUAAUAAGACGAAAGGAUUUUAUUGCCUGAGGGACAGCGGCCGGGAUCGCUGUUUACACGAAUCGAAAGGACGAACGCACCCUCAGGUCGAUCCCAAACUGCUCAAUAAGCUGCAUGAAUAUUUUCACGAACCCAAUAAGAAAUUCUUCGAGCUCGUAGGCCGGACAUUUGACUGGCACUAAUGUAACAGGCUGGCCUCAGAACCUUUCUGUGAAAAGUUUCCGUGUACAUCCAGAAAGAAAAAAAAUAAAUGAAUAAAAGGGCAUUUAAGCUAUAAUUUAUUUGUAAAAUCCAUAAAUUCCUUAUGUACAGUAUUAGAUCCACAAUUGCCAUAUAAACUAGUUAUAUUUUUCUACUUGUUAAAUUUGAAAGCAUUUUGUAUUGUUUUUCAUGGUUGUUAACAUUGUGUAUUACGUCUCUCUAUUGAAGGAACUAAACUCUUUCACUGCAAAA